AACCAAACUCCCCACUCCCCCCAAUACAACAAGUGCAUCGCCUUGAUGAACGCAGGAUUUCUAGCCCUAUCAUAACUUCUAUUUCAAGUCAAUUACGUAUGCGACGUUUAAAUCAUCUCGUUUUUGGAUAAGAAAUUUAUAUCAAUCUAGGACCCAGGCCCCUUGCUCGGGAACGAUUUCAUCACUUGGUCCAUAGCCAUUCAACAAGCACUUAUGAUGCGGAAACGCCAUUGCUGGGAAUGUCGCCGUCGAUGCUUAGUGUGCGACGCCACCGAGCCUGCUUGCAAUAGAUGCUCUAUGUCCGGCACUGAAUGUCCGGGAUAUGGAGAUGUGAAACCCACCAGAUUAAAGUGGCUUGCUCCUGGAAAAGUCAACUCCCGGGGUCGGAAACGAAAGGGAACGCCACCAAGUGAACUUCGGGGGUAUCACAAUGAUGAUGCUUCCAAAGCUACACCAGAAUCGGUCUACACUAUGAUGAGUAGUGCUCAUAUGAACAUGCCACGCCUCGAGAUAAGGAACGAAGCUUGUAUCUUGGCCCAAGCAGCGGAAUACUUCAAUUCUUGUAUAUACCGAGACCUGCUUCCGAUACAGGAACUCGGUCAAAACCCCCAUAUAUUUCCCCUUUCCGCCACGCAUCUUCAGCUAGCCACUAGACGUCCUUUUUACCUGCAAUUCGCUAUGGUCUGCGUCACCUUAAGCCACCGAAUUAACCGGAUACGAAGUGACCCCCACCAUAAGGCUUUGCUCGAGGAAUUCUAUUCGUACUGGGGACUUGCUCUCCGCUCUCUUAACGAACAUCUCAAUGCGGGAGGUGGGUGCGCGGAUGAUAUGGUUAUUGCUGGAAUACUAACACUGCUCCUUGCCGAUGUUCAACAAGGCAGCUCGCUCAAUUGGCGUUGUCAUCUCGAGGGACUUCAUCAAAUGAUUGCGCUCCGUGGUGGUUUCCGCGAAGUUACGAAAUCGAAAAACUUGGAGCCAUUAUUACUUUGUCUGUGGUUUAUUACAGUGAUUGGGAACACAACGUGUCCUACAUCGGACCUCGUCAUGACCGGUUUAUAUCUCAACAAGCUUCGAUUCUUACUAGAACAAUACAGCACUGCAGCCUCCCCCUUUCAGAUGUGUCCCUUACCUUUAUUUAGCGAAAUCGUUCAAAUCAACCAUCUGCGAAUGCAAGCUACGGAAUACGGCGCAACCAAAGCUGAGGAUCUUUCGACAACAGCAUAUUUAAUACUUGAACGAAUUCAUAUUUUUUCUCCAGAGCAAUGGGCUGAGUCCAAACAGUUCUCCAAACUUGAUUGGAUAUUAAUAGGUACUACAUAUCGCGCUGCUGUUGCAUUGUAUUGCAUUUUGUCGCUACAAAGUCUAUCGGUUCUGCCAGAAAGUUCGGAAUUGAGGGCCUGCUGUGCUGAACACAGCCAUUUCCUCCAAGAGUCCCUGAAAGAAGGACUCUCAUCUCCUAGGAUUAAACGAUUCAUGGCUUGGCCGUUGGUCCUCCUCGGGGUCGAAGCUGUUCACGACAGCGCGGCGACGCGUGCCUUCAUUGCGAAGCAGCUAGCAGAGCUAAGCUAUGGAGUCGGUACUUACGUCCCACUAGCAGCGAAGCGUGUGUUGGAGUUGUUCUGGAAUUCAGGCGAGAAGCGGUGGGAUGCUUGCUUCGACAAGCCGUACAUCUUUACGACACAAAUUGCCGUGGAUACCAGCCAUUUAAUGCCACCCUAAAUAAUAUCACAAGCUCCUCUACGCAAUUAUUCCAGGUCCAAUAAUUCCGAGACUCGAUCCUCCCCCAAGAACUUCAACAAACUGAACGCAUCGCAUCACCAACCAAUGCGCAUGAUGACCGAAGAUGAGGACACAAUGCGAAGUUAGUUUCUAUUUUAUUGUCCCUAUUGUCUGCCGUAUUGUAUUG